AUGCCAAUGCGAAUGGCGCAGCAGCACACUGCCCGGCAGAACGAGGUCAGACUGCCCAGCAUACAGAACCUGCUGCGGUCGAUCGACCAACUCCCUGGCGAGUCACACUUAACGGCGCCACUAACCGGCCCUCCUGUGCCCCUGCCGCUGCCUCUCGCGCGCGCGUGGAGCGCGUACGAGCCUGGCGAUGACGGGUCGCUGGCAGCGGCGCUGGCCGCGGCGCCAGAGGAAGGUCGCGAGCCGCCGGUUCCUGCGGGCCGGGAACAACGCGUGCGCGUGUUCGCGCCCGUCUACGAUCCUGUCUACGAUUCCGCGCCUGCGCGGAAACUCGGAAGCCACGGUGUGCGCGUCGCUGCGCACGACGCGCACAAUCCAGCGGCCGAUCUCGGCUCCGGUGAGCGGGGGGGCCCGGUUGCCGCGGACGGCGGAGUGUCGCGCCGCACGAACCUUCCGCGCCACACUGUGGACAUACUCAACGCGUGGCUGCUGGCCCACAUGGACAACCCGUACCCCACACCUCAGGAAAAACGUGAGCUACUCAUCCAGACGGGGCUUACAAAGGUGCAGCUCAGCAAUUGGUUCAUAAACGUGCGGCGGCGCAAAGUGUUCAGCGACUACUACCAGCUGUCGCGGUCCGUGCGACCGGGGACCGCCGAAGACGGGUCCGACGCGGAUCUGGAGCGGCGGUUUGCCGGCGCGCCUCUGACGCGGCGCAAAAAGCUGAUGGACAGGCUCGAAGAGCUCAAGAAGCUAUCUGAGGAGUCGCAGGACUAA